AUGGCAGUUAAUUUAGCCAGCAACGGCAAAUGCGUAUCGUUUAAGCAGCUUCUGCUUCAAUUAUCCCAAUCUGUCGAUGGCCACAAACAUUUUCUUGCUUUAGCGAAAUUGGCCAAUAGAAACGGAUUAAGUGAUAAUUUGUGGGAGGAUUUGAAUCAAGAAAAUCGUUUUCACUGGAUGUAUACGUCCUGGAAAAAAUCACUAUGCUUUAUUUAUAUGACAAUUGUGCAUGGAAUUCUCUUGCUUUCCAUAUCUUACAUUAGUAAAGUAAUUAGGACUGUACCGCAGCUACCAAACAGUCAAACAGGAAAUUCGGAGGAAAUAUUACGUGAAACGCUGACUAUUGUUGCGUAUUCAACAAUGAAUCAUUCUGAACAUAGAAAAUCUGUUAUUGUUUUAAUACCCGAUAUUAUUAAGGCCCUCUUUGCUGUCAACCUGAGUUUUAAUUGUAAAGAUCAGACAUGUAGAAGUUUUCUGAACACUUUUAAUUCUCAGGGUGAUGUCUGCAAAAGAGUUAUAUCGAUUCCCUGUGAAAAAAUAAUGAUUGGAAAGAAAGAGUUUAAGCCUAUAGGUAUGGAAGAAGAUAACUCAUGGGUUGACUUCAAUAGUGGUAGCAGAUCCAUAAAGCUUUAUCUUGAUGCUUGUCAAUUCGAGGAAACCGAAAGUGAGUGGGAUGUCAUUAUUAUUAAGGAUCAAAUUGUAAAAACCCAUGUUAUUAAAGAGGAUAUGGCUAAUAUUAAGGUUUUGGUUUUACAUCUUCGCGUACCAAUCAGUUCCCUAUUACCACGAUUUCCAAAGUCGACUAAUAAAAUUCUUGAAAUUAUAUUUCAAGAAAAAUAUAUCUGA